UUCGCUUCCUUCGAAACCCUCCUAAGCUUGCUUUCCCACCGCUGCAGCCGCCCCUCAUAACUUAGAAGAAGGGGGCCGCGCCUCGAAGAAUAAUUUGAGAGGAUCUGAAACGACUUUUAGGGACACGCAGAAAAUAACGAAGAAGACAGCUGUUGCGGCGUAUGGAGUUCAUCGGUGGAGGUGCUACCAGCUGAAACCUGAAUUAGGACUCUUCAACCAGGCUUAAUUAAGUUAUCCCUCCCAGGCCACGUCUGGAAAGACGGGAUCAGUUGGGUCUGGGUCGGAGACCAUGGGAGCUGAGGAAUUAGUUAACGGCAAGGCAGAGUUUCAUGAAAUGGAGGAGGACGAUAAUUUCAGUGACUCCGAGUUAGUUUAUCAUGUCAGGGAUGCUCUUAGUUCAGUCUCAUCGGGUGAUAGUGACAGUUAUAACCAGCUUGUUGGGGUUUUGCAUCAUACGGAGCGGCUCGCUCCUGAGGAUGUUGCGCUACUUGUGACGAGUUUAAAGGCACUAUCUGGAGCAGUUUCUUAUAUAGAUAUUGUUCUUCAUGAGACUCUUCUUUCUUCAAUUUUUCGAAUGAACAUGUGGAACUACGGACCUGAUGUGAUGGAUGCUUUGCUUGAACUAAUCAUAUCCUUGGCUGCUUCAAAUGGAAAACAUGUCAAUUCAUGUUUGGAAAUGCUUGUUAGCAACUUCACCCCACCAAACUCUUUUGUUAAUAUGCUGAAGCAGCCACGUGGUCUUGCAAGAAAGGACCAAGUUCUGUCUCGUGUGCAUUCAGCUCUGAAACAUAUAGCUGAUUUGGUGCCUCUUGCUCCCUCAAUACUAUGUCCAAUAAUUUCUCAAAGAAUGCCAAUCUAUGACAAGGAACCUUUGGCGGUUAUAUAUGUGGAGAACAUGUUAAAGCUGGAGAGUGGUGCAAUUGGAGAAUUUGUUAUGAGCACAAUGCUUAUGGGGCUGAUGGACAUGCUUAUAGAGUUUGAUGUGGAGAUUGGAUGGGAGGACAUUUUACAAGAUGACUCUAGUAAAGGCAUAUUUCAGAUGGAGCUUGAAAAUGUGGACGAAAUUGCAGAUUACGAUGAGGAGGAUGGUACUGAGAUGUUUAUGCAGCUUUCAAGAGAAUUAACUCGGAAGAGUUUAGGAGGAAGCUUAAUUGCUGAAAAAUUAGAUAGCUUGAUGGCGCUAACUUUUGAGCAUCUGGAAUCAUGUAAAGACAGUGGCCGUUUGGUUGAGGUCUUUGAACAUCUUUUAGACUCAUUCCGGAUUACAGUUCUGACCGCAUACAAGUCAAAAUUUGCUCAGUUUGUGAUGUUCUAUGCCUGUGCUCUAGAUCCUGAAAACUGUGGUGUGAGAUUUGCCAUGUUACUUGCUGAUAUUUUUGUUCGUGAAGACUACCCUUUGCCUUUCAGGAUGAGUGCUGUUGCUUAUCUUGCUAGUUAUUUGUCUCGUGCAAAUUUUCUGUCUGCCCCUUUGGUUGCUGGGAUGCUGAAAAGGCUGGUAGAUUGGUCUUUUGAAUAUUGCAAAACGAAAGGUGCUGUAAUGGACCCAACAUCCCAUAGACUUUUCUACUCUGCAUGCCAGGCGAUCAUGUAUGUGCUCUGCUUCCGAAUGAAAUCAAUGAUGGAUGUUGCUUGGUUCAAAUCACAUCUCUUAAUAGAGCCAAUAUUGAAUCAUAAAUUGAGCCCAUUGAAGGUAUGUCUGCCUUCCAUUGUAGAUGAAUUUUGCCGACAAGCAGAAGCAGCCUGUCUAUUCACCUCAUCUGAGGAAUUUAUUUUUAACUACUCGCUGGAGUCAGAACAUUCAAGGGCUUUCGGUGGGAUAGAAAGACUUGACAUGUUCUUCCCAUUUGACCCAUGUUUGCUGAAAAAAAGUGACAGAUACAUCCGGCCACACUUCGUGUAUUGGUCAAUGGUCAGACCUCCAUAUGAUGAUGAUGAUGAAGGUAGUAUUGAUGAAGAUGUUGAGCAAGAGCUUGAUCUGGAUGUGAGCAAAAUGUCCAUAACACCCAGGAAUUCCAUGGCUUAUUGGAUUCAGAAUGGAUUAGAGGAGCCAAGAGGAAUGCCUGCAAGAAUUAGACCCUCGACAAGUCCAGAGUCUUUGUGAUAUCAAACUACAUUUUUUUUAAAGUCUCUUUGUGCUGGAAGAUCGGAAGACAUGAACACGAAGUCUACCUUGUGCCAGAAGGAAGAGUAGGCGGACAAAGGUGUGCUGCACCUACAUGAAGAAAGGGUUUUGCCAUUACAAUUUUGGAUCUAUAAUUGUGACUUAUGGAACUCUUAUUUUUAUUUUAUGUAAUUUUUUCAUCCACAGGCAUUGUAAAAUUAAAUGAAGAUGUGCAUGUCCCAUAGUGAAUUUUGAUUUAGUCAAAUAUCUUUUGUGCCUGUCUUGAUUGUAACCGAAAAAAACACACUUGAUAGAGUGGUAACUUCAUUUCAAUGAAGCAGUGGACCUCUACGUCCUGUACAAUUUUAGCAUA